AUGCCAGGUCACAAAGGAACUAAGACACCUCAUUCAUUGCUACUAGAGUAUUUUGGUGGCGAUCUGCAUCCGGCUGAUUUGGUUGAAAUUAACAAAAACGUCGAUUAUUUGCAUUCACCAAAAGGAGCAUUACUCGAAGCUCAGAAGCUAGCGGCUGCUGCAUAUGGUGCCGAUCAUACAUUCUUUCUCAUUAAUGGUUCAACAGUGGGUAAUAUGGCUGCUAUUAUGAGUGUGACCGCUUCCCAUCAAAAGAUCAUAAUGUCACGCGCCUCGCAUCGAUCUGUCUAUGGUGGAAUCGUACUUUCCGGCGCUACACCCAUCUAUAUCGAACCUGAUUAUCAUCCUGAUAUUGGAUUUCCACUAUCAGUGAGUGUCGAAGCGAUUGAAGCUCUACUUAAACAGCAUCAUGAUGUCGUUGCUAUUCAUUUGACUUCUCCUAAUUACUACGGUGUUAUGCCUGAUGUAGCGGCCAUUUGUCAACUCGCUCAUUCUUAUGGUGUAGCUCUUCUUGUUGAUGAGGCUCAUGGGUCGCAUCUUGGUUUUCAUUCCGAUUUUCCCCCCUCAGCCGUGUCUUUACGAGCAGACAUCAUCGUACAGAGUACACAUAAAACACAAGGUUCUCUUACACAGUCAGCGAUGCUACAUGUUAAUGACAACGGUUUUGUUAAUCGAGCACGUAUAGCACAAGUACUAUCGCUUCUGCAAAGUUCUUCACCAAGUUCGAUUUUACUCGCUUCAUUAGAUGCGACUCGCAUGCAAAUGGCUACAGAAGGUCGCGAGCGUUUGUCAACUGUUAUUGCUCUGGCACAAAAAGCACGCAAUGCUAUUCGACAGAUGGAUGGUUUGUGGUGCUAUGGCGAUGAAUUGAUUGGCGUGAACAGCAUUUUUGCCUAUGAUCCAAGUAAGCUUAUUAUUCGUGUUAGCGCUACAGGUUUCAGCGGCUUUGAGACCAGUUCCCUUCUUAGACAUCAAUAUGAAAUUGAAGUGGAAUUUGCUGAUGUCAAACAUGUAAUAUGUUCUAUUACGAUAGCUGAUACAGAAUCAACUGUUGAUAAAUUACUUAAUGCAUUACAUAGUCUGACUAAACAAAACUAUCAGGUUAUUGAUGACAAUAAUUUUUCAAUCAAGCCGCCAGAUGGUCUUCCACUUCCAGCGAUCAGCUUACGUGAUGCCUAUUUUUCGACCAAAACACGCAGCAUUCCUCUGAAUGAAGCAGUAGGACAUAUACUAGUCGAAAAUGUAAUACCAUAUCCGCCGGGUAUUCCAUUGCUGGUUCCAGGUGAAAUAAUGGAACAACGUCAUCUAGAUUAUAUGCGUCAUUUGAUUGAUAGAGGAAGUACUAUAAUCGGUAUGGAAGAUUUAUCUUUACGAACGGUUCGCAUAAUGGAUACAUAA